AUGGAAGAUCAAGUUCAUUCGAUUGAAUAUCUUGGCAACCCAUUCUUAGUGAGCAAUAUAAGAAACGAUAAUGAAGUGCAAGUUGAUGACAACAAUGGCGGCAACGACAUCCCUCCUACACACGAGCGAAUCACCGAUCUACAAACUGAAAUGAUGGAAAUUAUGGAGUACAUUUCAGAUAGCGAUCAUUUCUUGGAUCGAGGUAUAGCAAUUGGGGAUGACGGCGACCAAGACGACGAAGAUGAAGAUGACGCUGACCACUUCUAUGAUACACGAAGAGAGAGUUUCGAUCGAAACGAAGAGGUCCGUAUUGCCCGUACUUUUUACAAUGUGCCUCCCAAAACGCACGAAGCGUCAGCAUCGGCAUCAGCAUCAGCAUCCGCGGAAUCUAACGAUAUCGACCACAAGUUUCAUUAUGUGCAUGCACGAUCAAGUGCUGCUGCUUUUACUUUACCAGCUGAUCUCAAAAUCUCCGACAAUAAGCAGUUUAUUUUCCCUUUCCAACCAGACAAGUUUCGCAAUCAAGACUUUGGCAAUGCCCAAUCGCAUGAUCCCGUGAAAUUGGUGCAGCGUUCACCGGCUGAAAAGUUCCAUAACGGCUUGAAACUUGAAUCACUUGGGUUCCGACGGGUUGCUGGCUUUGAAGAUUCCAAGAAAUAUAAAAACAAUUUAACAUGCAUUAUGAAUUCUGGACCAAUGGAGCUACUAGUCAUUGCUUCCAACUCGGAAUUGUUUUUUUACAUGUUCGAUCCACUAACCCAUUUGCCGCUGCCUGUGCCGUGCUUGCGCUUUGAUACGAGGCCGCCCUUUACGUCCAGCACCGAUAGGUUGAUUUCUACUUGGCCAUAUUUCCCGCAUACGAUAAAUUACAUUAAAUGCGGAGAGUUUAAUCACCGGUUGACUUUAUUCGCGUGCGUUGAUGAUGGACUACUUCUCAUUUGGUAUACGGAAAAGAUCAUGCACCAGAUUGAGAAAUAUGCUCGCGUCGAUGGUAAAGUUCCCGACUUCUCGCGGUUGAGAAUGAACCCGGAUCACAAGAUCAAACUUAGCGCCUCGCUAUGGGGGCUAGACUUUAGAGACAAUGUUAUAGUUGCUUCGGACAACUCGCAAAGCGUCGUGUUGAUCUAUUUUGAUCCGACAUACAACCGAUUCUACCACAUUACAUCGCACCAAGUGCUCCAUAACAUCCCCGACGUUUCGAUUAUCAAGUUUGCCCAAGAUGAAGUUCAAGUUGCCUGUGCUUCGAUUUCGGGAGAGUUGGUGAUUUUCGUGUUUAAAUUUGUCAUCAACCAAGGUCCAUUAAACAAGGAUGAAGUUGAACAUUUCCAAUCAAGAAAAGUAUAUUAUACCGAUCCCAUUGUUGAAACAAUGGAGUCUCGCGAAAACCCCGGCUUAACAACAACAACAACAACAACAACAGCAACAACCUUCUUCAACAACACCACUCCAUCAACGGCCUCGGAGCGCAAUUUUUCCCCAAAUCAAACUCGUCGAUUCUGUAGAGUCACAUUCGACGACCCAAGAGUUAUUUCGCGAUGCGUGAUGAAUGAAGAUUGCUGGACAAUCAAACUCUUCAAAGCCAGCUGGUUCCGACCCGUUGGUUCCUUGAGCUGCGUAUUUGGCGAUGACCAAAUUGACGAAGAUUACGAAACGGAACGAAUCUUGAAAGAAAGCGCGGCUUUAGAGAACCACGGUGAUUGGCACAGCACCAGUGCAAGUCUAGGUGCCGCUGCAUCUUUUCAAUUCUUUAAGCCAGCCACCAUUGAUUUUACCACCACCAAUGACAAUGCCACCAAUGCUACAGCAAUGUACUUCAAUACACAUCUUGACCCUGUGAAAAUGACGAAUAUUAAUGACGAAUAUCGCAGGAUCCAUAAACAGUUGACAGCUUCACGAUCAGAAGAUGCAAUGGAAUUUCUCGUUGUCACCACUGCCAAAAAAGUUGCCUUGUUCCGCAGCACGUCGCUUUACUGCUGUAGUGCCACUCUGCGUUUGUUCAAUUUAAACGUCCCCUUUCGUGAAGAAAGCAAGCAUUCCAACAGAUUAUCCAUCGCCAUGGCUAUCCCAGAAUUGUCUUGCUUUAUCGCGGUGUCGCAACAAGGCUUGGUGGCGAUCAUGCGGUUAUGCACCUAUCGGGGAGUCUAUGGCAUGAGACAAGAGCAUGUUUUCCCCAACGCCAUGAGUUUGGCAGUUGGACCUAAUGGCUACCGUACUAUUAUUGGAUUGUCUGCAAGGAAAAGAGGGAAUGCCGAUGACGGUGUCGGGUUCGCUGGUGAUGACGAGAACGAUAACGAUGGUGGUUGCAGUUAUUUGUUGUAUGUUACUUACAACGAUGGCACUGUUGUCACUUGUAACCUUCAUGAAUGA